UUCCACCAAACACUCGGCGAACGGCGUUACUCUCUCCGUAUGCAUGGCCACUUCCCUCCGGCACAGGCGAGAGCUCCAGCGAGCUUGAAGCCAUUGCCGGACGGAAACUCCUCUCGCCUCUCUCCUCUCCUCAUCUCAAUCGUCGGCCUCUGCUCCCUAUCUUCUUGAUCAGUUGGUUCUGCAGCUUAACUGAAGAUUUUUUGGUGGUAUUCUGGCCUUCGACAAAUUGCUCAGAGUCCAAUAGAAGUUGUUGGACAAAUGGCUCACUCACCAAAGGAAAUCUUGGAGGAAAUAAUAUCUGGCAUGAAAGUUGACAUGGAGGAAACAGAACGUAGUCAACCUGUUGAUGCAUUCACAAGAAGCAACUCAUGUGGACAAGUUCCUAAGGAAGUGAACCACACUGAACCAGUAAACGUGGAUGCAGUGAAAAUUCAACUAGAUAUGAAGGUUCAGGAUCAACAGGCCUCGGUUCCAUCUGUGCUCGAAGAGGUUCCACCUAAUAAGUCCCGCCUCAGUCCUCUGGCUGCUCGUGCAGCUCUGGCAUCACGGGUUUCAACUGCUUAUGAUGAUGUUAUAAAUGGCACAAAAUUAGAUGAUCCCCAAGUAAUCGUGAAUUUGUCCGUGGUAGGUGUUAGUCCAUCAGAUCCUUCUACUUUGGUUCCAGUUAUUGCAGAGACUGUGAAUGUAGUGAAUAGAUCAAUUUUAGAUGAAAAUGGUGGAUCACUGAAGCCUCAACUUGAGGAAUCCUUGGAAGUCACUAAUUCUAGUGCAAGAUCAAAACCUUCAACAAAGGAGAGGAAAUCGCCCGAGUCCGCAAAACCUGGUAGAGUAACCCGCUCAUCCAUGCGGAAAUCUACUUCCUUUGUUACCAGUGAAGAAAAGAUGCAAAUGGAUGACAAAGACAUUACAAGAAACAACUCUGCAAAUACUGAAGGCUCUUCUCUUCCAUCUGGUUUCAAAGAAAUAGCUGAUACCACUGGCAAAGGCAGCGCAGGAAAUACUGAUUUGAAUCGAAUCACAAAAUCAGUUGAUUCUACAAGAAGCAAGCUAAAGAAGAGUACUGUAGCUCAGAAGAAAGAGCAAGAAGAAUUAUCCGAGAUGGAAGCUGAAAUGUGCACCCCUGCUGAGGAAGUUGCAGACGAAACAUCCACCUUUGCUGAAAACAAUCAGCCGAGUGAAGGUCAGUCUGCGAAAAGGAAGUUGAUCGAGCCUUAAGUACCAAGCAGAGUCACUCGCUCGGCUGUCAAAAAGGCUGCUGGAGAUGCAAGUAAUGAUUUCCAAAUGAAAUCCUGCGACGAAGAAGAUCAAGGCAGAGCCUCGAAGAAGACCCGAAGGUCCAGUCGUUCCACUGAACUUAAAAAGACAGAAACUUUUACCGUGUCACAGGGCCUGGACGAUGAUAAUACCAAGUCAGGUCACACUGAAAUGAAUGCACCGGAAGAGGAGAGUACACCAGCUCGUAAGAAGGAACCAGUUUCGUUGCAAAUGGAUUCAGAAGGGCAGACACCUACAACAAAGAAAGAUAAAGCAAAGACAUCCACUUCCUCUAAAAAAGCCCAAAAAACUAAAGGUAAACUCACAGGUUUGAGGAGUCAUGGGCAGAGCGAGAAAUCAGCUUCGACCAGUAAGCAGAGCGAGAAAUCAGCUUCAACCAGUAAGCAGAACAACAAAUCAGCUUCGACCACUCAACAGGAACGGCGGUUCUCUCAUCGGCUCGCGUUCCUCCCUCGGACUCGUUCGCAAGUGAAGCAUUAGAAGUGUCACUCUUCCAUGCUUUCGCAGCCUAAGCUUUUACGUACUGCAUCUCAGCUCACUUUAGAUGCUCUUGCUAGACAAGACCAGGAAAUACUUGCUUAGAAACUUCGAUCCGGGAGGCUCUCUCUUUUUGCAUUAGAACUGAAAGUUCACCACAGGCUUUUGUUCCCUUUCACAGGGAAAGGAGGAAAGUUCAUUGCAAGGCUCUAUUGCUUUGUGGAAAAUAUUAAGACUAAUCCAAAGAUUUAACUGACCGGCCUGUUUUGAUGUUU